ACAUUUCUUUUGAUCUUCUUCGUUAAAUCGAAUUUGGAUUUUUCCUUCCAAAUUUUCAAUGUUUAACUGAUUUUUUUUUUCUUUUUUGAACCGAAUCCUUUAAUUUUUAAUUCAAAUCGUAUAAUUGAAUCGAUUCGAUUGGUUUGUUUAUUCAGUGAAGGGGAUAUUCAAAAAAGCCCCAAAAUCGAAACCCUAAAUUCGUUGAUUUUUUGGUGAUCUAUGGCGGAUCAAGAGGAGGAGGAUCUGAAAAUGGCUCUGCGUAUGAGCAUGCAACACACGCCGCCAGAACCGAAGCGGAGUAAGCCGAGGGACGCGGCUGUCGGAGCUCCGGUGACUUCGCCGGAGGAUUGCCGUAGGACGCAGCGCGAGCUGAUGGCUGCCGCGGCGGAGAAGCGGAUGAAGGAGGCGAAAACUGUGUUUGUGGCUUCCAAUGCAUCGGUUUCGUCGCCUAAGAUUGUGAACAGCAGCGAAUUGGCUUUGAAAGAGAAGGUUGUGGAGACGAAAGAGAAAGCUUGGGAUUCGAAAGAGAAGGUUUUGGUGUCAAAGGAAGGGAAUUUGGGGAAGGAAGAAGCGAAUCAGUUGUUUUCGAUGUUGUUUGGCAGUGGAGUCUCAAAAGACAUUCUUGCUCAGUGGAGCAAUCAGGGCAUCAGGUUUAGCUCUGAUCCAGAAACAUCUAUGGGCCUAGUGCAGCAUGAAGGCGGGCCCUGUGGCGUCUUAGCAACCAUACAAGCAUUUGUUCUUAAAUACCUUCUUUUCUUCACAGAUGAAUUAGGUAAAGUUGCACCCAACGCACGGCAAAAUUUGGGUCCCAAGAGUUUCUCAAAAAAUCGAUACAUCGCAACGAGUGAUUUUGCUUCUCUUUCUGAACAUGCUAAAUUGAGAGCCCUGGUAAAAAGUAUGAGUGAGAUAUUGUUUUUAUGCGGAAAUAAUAAAAGGGCUGUGAUUGCAACUUUGACUACGCUAGGACAUGACAUUGAGGGGUCUGAAGACAGUCAGAAGGAUGAGGUCAUUACAAAGGCACUAGAAGGUCUCUUAAUUGAAUCGGGUUCUGAUCUGCAGAAAGUAUUGAGAGUGGAUGCAUACACAUCGCAAGCAAGCGUGCUUCAGAGGCUUGAAGCAAUGAUUCCUGCUUUCCAAAGUCGUAUGGGGGCAAUGCUAUUCCUUAUUUCUGCAUUACUCUCUAGAGGACUGGAUGCUGUUCAAGCUGACAGGGAUGACCCUAGCCUACCUCUUGUCACUGCACCAUUUGGGCAUGCUUCUCAGGAAAUUGUGAACCUACUGCUCUGUGGUCAGGCUGUUCCUAACGUAUUUGAUGGGAGGAUGGAUUUGGGUGGUGGCAUGUUUUUGAAAGGCAUAUCCACGAGAGUAGAAGUUGGGUUCCUUACUCUGCUGGAAUCCCUCAAUUUCUGUAAGGUUGGCCAGAAUCUGAAAUGCCCAAAAUGGCCAAUAUGGGUUGUUGGGAGUGAGUCUCAUUAUACAGUUCUAUUUGCACUUGAUACCAGUGUCCAAGACGAGAAUGAACUGGAAGAAAGAGAAUCACAGAUUCGUAAAGCUUUUGACGCACAAGAUCAGAGUGGAGGUGGUGGUUUUAUUAGUGUGGAAGGUUUCCAUCAAGUCCUCAGCGAGGCAAAUGUCAAACUUCCACGUGAGAAAUUUGAUAACCUUUGCAGCACAGGUUUCAUUGUGUGGAGCGAGUUCUGGCAGGUUAUUUUGGAUUUAGACAAGAACUUGGGAGGCCUUAAGGAUUCAACUGGAUUGAUGGGCAAGAAGGUUUUUGAUCUUUAUCAUUUUAAUGGAAUUGCAAAAUCAGAUUUGAAUGGCAGCCAACUGAGCUCUGGAGGUGAGACUCCUGUGCAAAGGCCUAGGCUCACAAAAUUGAGGGUUUCAGUUCCCCCAAGGUGGACUCCCGAGGAGUUCCUGGCAGAUGUGGUUGUGCCCUCUGGAUCUGGUGGGAAUGAAUCAAGUGGAAAAGAAACUGAAGUGGCUAAACCCGAGCCUCCGCAACAUGCACCUUUGGUGGACUGCAUUAGAACUCGCUGGCCGCGUGCCAUCUGCAAUUGGGUUGGCGAUCCUCCUAGUAUAGUCUGAAUGGUUGUUAUUCCUCCUUGGGAUCCCUUCAUAUGCUCUUGAAACACAGUCCAAUACAAAAGCAGCCACAAAUGAAGCAGCUGUUGGCGUGCGUGCCUCUUUAGUUCGUAUUCACUCCUUCGGGUGCAUGAGAAGAGUUUGUUUCCCUGGCAUUUCUGGUGUCAAGUAUGCCAUGAACCAAUAUCUCUGUGUAUUGCUGUAGCUUUCACAUUCUAAUUCGAUUUUGAUUUGUCAAAUACUAAAAAGAAAAAAAAAAAAAAGAUUUCUGUCAUAGCUAGUGUAAAAUUCAUUCAUACUACUUACCUUUGUUGUCGGUGAGGGAAGUGAAGUUAAUCGGUUGGGAAAUGUCAAUAAUAUAAACUUAAGAACAUGUCUUCCUCUUUGAAAUUGCUGUAACAGUAAGGCACUUUUCCCCCUUUAGCCGUUUCUGUUUUUUAAGGAAGUUUUUGAGGUCCUGAA